GCUGGCAUUUUUUUUAAUACCUCCGUUGCAUUAAAACAGCCACUGGGCCGUUUAUCUCACGUCUGUUGACGUUACCAUUACACACCUUUGGCCGGUGAAGAAAGCGCUCUACGCAACGUCCGUUGGAUUUACGUUAGUUAGCUCACAGCAGUUAGGCACAAAGGCGGUGUUAGCUAAUAGUAACUAGCCUACUAACAACACAGCCGGUGAGGACGAGCACAUCCUUGCGCAGCCACAGGCUACUCGGGUUAAUCUCGGCUGACUCUCUCCGUGUGUUUACGUGAGCUGCCCUGCGGUCGUUAUUCACCUGUAACCCAAGUCAAGUGGUUGUUUUAGCGGUCACCACUCAUGACUCGUCUAAUUGAAGCACCGUUGAUGCAGAGUUGGACAGUUGGGUGCUUGUUUCUUUCCCAGUUAGCCACGGCAGAUCCUCGGUCUCGCACAGGGAUGUGGCGGUGAGGAAAACAAGCUAACCGUCUCUGCGAAGAAGUGAGGAAACACUUUGAGUCAGGCGGGAGUUCUCUUUUAUUGUUUUAUGUUAAUUGUAAUUCCGGGGUGGAUGACGCCAGGAACGAAGCUGAAGAUCCCUGAACGCCGCUGAACUGAAACUGGGAAUAACGCGAACGGGUCGAAAAAAGGAUUAUUUUGUGUGUCUCUUAAGUGGAUUUUCGGCCUCCCUUCUAGGAUCGUCGUGGGAACACAGCGAGUGUUUUUUUUGUGUGACAUUGAGUGAGCCCCGCCAACAUAUAUCAUCUCUCCCGCCGACCUUCACCCUCCGAUGCGGGGUUUUCAGUAGCACCGGCAACCAAAUCCCCCACGGCGGCCGGACAUGCUGAAGUGUAUCCCCCUGUGGCGCUGCAACCGCCACGUCGAGUCGGUGGACAAGCGACAUUGCAACUUGCAGACAGUCCCCGAUGAGGUGUUCCGCUACAGCCGGAGCCUGGAAGAGCUUCUGCUCGACGCCAACCAACUCAAAGAGCUACCAAAGCCUUUCUUCAGACUACUGAACCUACGUAAGCUCGGCCUCAGUGACAAUGAGAUCCAGAGACUCCCUCCAGAGGUGGCCAACUUCAUGCAGCUGGUGGAGCUGGACAUUUCCAGAAAUGAAAUCCCCGAAAUCCCAGAGAGCAUUAAGUUUUGCAAGGCCUUGGAGAUCGCAGACUUCAGUGGAAACCCCCUGUCCAGGUUGCCAGAUGGUUUCACUCAGCUCCGAGCGCUGGCUCACUUGGCUCUCAACGACGUGUCAUUGCAGACGUUGCCCAACGACAUUGGAAACCUGGCCAACCUGGUGACGUUGGAGCUCAGGGAGAACCUGCUGAAGUCUCUGCCAACAUCGCUCUCUUUCCUGGUGAAACUGGAACAGCUGGACCUGGGCAGCAACGCACUGGACGUUUUGCCGGACACCCUCGGUGCUCUCCCCAACCUCAGGGAGCUAUGGCUGGACCGUAACCAGUUGUCCUCAUUACCACCAGAGCUGGGAAACCUCCGGAAACUGGUGUGUCUGGAUGUGUCUGAGAAUCGUCUGGAGGAGCUUCCCUCCGAGCUCAACGGCCUCCUGGCUCUCACCGACCUGCUGCUCACACAAAACCUGCUGGAGGUCAUCCCGGACAGCAUAGGCUCUUUGAAGCAGCUGUCCAUCUUGAAGGUGGACCAGAAUAGACUGACCGACCUGACUGAUUCAAUCGGCGAGUGUGAAAACCUCACAGAACUCGUCUUGACGGAGAACCUUUUACAGUCACUUCCUCGCUCGCUGGGCAAGCUGAAGAAGCUGACCAACCUGAAUGUAGACCGCAACCGUUUGGGCGGCGUGCCCAAAGAGCUGGGCGGCUGUGCCAGCCUCAACGUCCUCUCGCUGAGAGACAAUCACCUGGCCAAGCUGCCUGCUGAGCUUGCAGAUGCCACUGAACUCCAUGUGCUAGAUGUGGCCGGAAACAAAUUACAAAACCUGCCUUUUGCCCUCACAAACCUCAACCUAAAGGCCAUGUGGCUGGCAGAGAACCAGUCACAGCCAAUGCUCAAGUUCCAGACAGAGGAUGAUGAGAGCACAGGAGAGAAGGUGCUGACCUGCUACUUACUGCCCCAGCAGCCUUCUCCGAGCUUGGAGAACUUGCUGCAGAACAGUGAGGACGACAGCUGGACGGACAGCAACCUGAACCGAGUGUCAGUCAUUCAGUUCCAGGAAGAGACCAAGGCUGAGGAUGAAGACGAUGAGGCCGCUGCGGAGCGCAGAGGCCUUCAGCGCAGAGCCACGCCACACCCUAAUGAGCUGAAGGUGAUGAAGAAGGGGAUUGAGGAGAGGAGGAAUGAAGCUUACACAUCCAGACCUGAUGGAGAAGAAGAGUCCCCUGAUCAACAGGAGAAACGGCUCAGCGACCUCUCCAAUCAGAGCCACAACUCCCAGGUGUCCAACAGCACUUCCCACGAGGACAGACGAAAUGUGACCGCGGCCUCGCAGAGGGAGGGCCUUGUAGACGGCCACAACCCUCAGGAGGAAGAAGAGCUGGAUGAGAUGGAGGUGGAAUACAUUGAGCCCUCUGUGCACUUUGCAGAGGAGCCCAUGAUCCGUGGUUUGGAUGAGGACGACGACGAGCUCGGCGAGGACGGCGAGAGGAGCGACGAGGAAGAGAGGCCGGUUAUUCCCAUGGAGAAGCAGCGUCUGAUCCGAAAAGACACGCCGCACUACAAGAAGCACUUCAAGAUCAACAAGCUGCCCAAACCUGAGGCCGUGGCUGCGCUGCUGCACGGCUUCAAUCCCGACCGCAUGAACUCUCCGACGCAGGCUGCUCAGGACGAGCGGGACGAAGAGGAGGAGGAGGAGGAGGAGGAGGAGGAGGAGCACAUUCUAUGCAACCCUCAACACCAUCUUAGAAUGGAGGAGCUGGACGACAGCCGGCUCCAGGUCAACUCCAGUCAAGUAAAGGGGGUGUCAUUUGAUCAAGUCAAUAAUCUGCUGAUUGAACCUGCUCGAAUUGAGGAGGAAGAGCACUCCCUGAACAUCAUGCGACAAACUGGCGGCCUGGGGAUCAGCAUUGCUGGAGGCAAAGGGUCCACACCUUACAAGGGGGAUGAUGAGGGAAUCUUCAUCUCCAGAGUAUCCGAAGAAGGUCCUGCAGCCAGAGCAGGCGUCAAAGUGGGAGACAAGCUCCAAGAGGUGAAUGGAGUGGACCUCCACGAAGCAGAACAUCACACGGCGGUCGAAGCGCUCCGUAGCUCCGGCGCUACAGUUUCCAUGUCGGUGCUGCGGGAGCGAAUGGUGGAGCCGGAGAACGCCAUCACGACCACGCCGCUGAGGCCGGAGGACGACUACUUCCCGCGGGAGAGGCGGAGCAGCGGCAUCGCCUUCGACGUGGAGGCGGCGCCCAGCGAGCCUCACCAGCGGUUCUCCAGCUGCCUGAUCCGGAACGACAAGGGGCUCGGAUUCAGCAUCGCCGGGGGCAAAGGCUCCACGGCCUUCCGCACAGCAGACACGGGAAUCUACAUCUCUCGGAUUGCAGAAGGGGGAGCAGCACACAUAGACAGCACACUGCAUGUAGGCGACCGGGUGAUGUCUAUCAAUGGUGUAGACAUGACAGAGGCCAGGCAUGACCAGGCAGUAGCGCUCCUUACCGGCACCUCACCCACCAUCUCCCUCCUGGUGGAGCGAGACCCGAAUGCACCGGGGGGCUCUCCAGGUCAAUCCCGGGCGCGAGCCCACUCCCCUCCACCCCCAGAGCCCUCAGAUUCACCAGACCAGGAGGAGGACAGUCUCGGCCUGCAUGGGAACAACCUGAAUCGGAUGGAGGACGAGUAUCCCAUCGAGGAAGUCACCCUGCUGAAGUCGGGUGGCCCUCUCGGCCUCAGCAUCGUGGGAGGCAGCGAUCACGCCAGUCACCCGUUCGGCAUCAAUGAGCCCGGAGUGUUCAUCUCAAAGGUGAUUCCUCACGGUCUGGCGUGCGAAAGCGGACUGCGUGUCGGGGACCGGAUCUUAGAAGUGAACGCCAUCGACCUGCGCCACGCUACGCACCAGGAAGCUGUGCGGGCGCUGCUGGCCAACAAGCAGGAGAUCCGUAUGUUGGUGCGGAGGGACCCGUCACCGCCUGGGAUGCAGGAAAUUGUGAUCCAGAAGCAGCCAGGGGAGAAGCUUGGGAUCAGUAUUCGUGGAGGGGCCAAGGGUCAUGCAGGAAACCCCUUCGACCCCACAGACGAGGGCAUCUUCAUCUCUAAGGUGAGCUCGAGCGGCGCAGCAGCCAGAGACAGCCGGCUGCAGGUUGGCAUGCGCAUCCUGGAGGUGAACAACCACAGCCUGCUGGGGAUGACGCACACAGAGGCCGUGCGAGUCCUUCGAGCUGUCGGAGACUCUCUGGUCAUGCUCAUGUGCGAUGGCUUCGACCCACAAAAAAUGGCUGCCGUGGAGGCGUCUCCCGGCAUCAUCGCCAACCCAUUUGCUUCAGGCAUCGUGCGUAAGAACAGUAUGGAAAGCAUCUCUUCUAUAGACCGAGACCUGAGCCCAGAGGAGAUGGAAAUCAUGCAGAAGGAGUCCGAGAUGGUGCGAGAGACAUCGCAGUGGGAGCGGGAAGAGAUGGAGAAAGUGGAGCAUAUGCGUUUGGAGCGUGAGGAGGCAACUCGCCUGCUCGAAGAGGAGACCGAGAACAUUGGAACUGGACCUCUAAAGCUUGACUAUAAAACCCUGGCGGCUCUGCCCACCACCAGUCUGCAGAAACUCAACCGGUUCUCUACCUCUGAAAGUCUGCCUGCUCCCAUGGAGGCCCCCCCGCAGGCCGGAGCCCCUUUAGAGACUCUGGGCUUCGGCUUAGCCCCGCCCACAAAACCCCUCGACCGCACGGACCCCGAGUCCCGCCCCCGUCUGAACGCGGAGCACGACCACCUCCACGGCUCCCAGGUCUCCCCAAACGGGACCUCCGUUGCUGACAGUGCUGGCUCCUCGACGACCCUUAACUCACUGGCACCUGAAGAAGAGGAGAACCUGGUGGACUCUCAGCCCAUCUGCUUCAGGGAGAACCCGUUCCUGGUGGCCAAUCGCAGAGGCAAGGGCCAGCAGGUCCUGUCGGGGCCCCCGGUGGGCUACGGGAAGUCGGGCCAGCUGCAGCCCUGGUUGUUCAACAAGUCACCUCCUUCUGAUUUCACCCGGACUGAGAGCCCAAUCAGAGAAGCCCCCUACUCUCCCACGAUCCAACCGCCCAGCAACCACUCCUCCAACGGCUCGCUGUACGCGGGCAGGGAGACCCGCAAACCUCCAUUACACCUCCACUCCUCCGCCAACACUGACUUCACGUCUGCAUCAACUCGGCCGGGUGCCAUCCAGCCAGUCGGGCGCGUGUGGCAGAGUCCCUCCCCCGCCACUCCGGACGGCCACAGUCCGAACCCAUUCCAGCAUGGCCCCUCUGCCUUCGACUCCCAGACCCCUCCUCGCGCCCCCUCCCCCACCUCGCCCGACGAGUUCCCCCUGAAUGUCAAGCAGGCGUACAAGGCGUUUGCCGCCGUGCCUCGCUCACUGGCCGUGCUGGAGCCGCCGCAGGACCUGUACGGCGUGAGGAACAACUUCCACCCACAGCAACCUUCCCCAGAGCCUGAGUUGACCAACGAGGUGUUUGACGAUGACGUAGGCGGUCGGAGGGGAGCCGGUAGGGCUCCGGGCAGCAGCGCCCCCCCCCUCUCACCCGACCGUCAGGAGUACAUGAGCCUGGCGGCGGUGCCUCGCCUCUCCAGGCCUUCCUGGGACCUGCAGAGUCCUUCUCCUGGUGGUAAGUCCAGCCCGGAGCAGCGCUCCUUCAGGGACAGACAGAAGUAUUUUGAGAUUGACGUGAAGCAGCAGACGCCAGAGAAACCCAAACCCCGCGUGUCUCUGGUUGGAGAAGACGACCUCAAGAAGAUGAGGGAGGAGGAAGAGAGGAAGUUCGAGCAGCGGGCGCGGGAGUACCUGCUGGAUGAGGACGAGGAGGAUGAGGAAGAGGACAUGGCGAAGCAGGUGGCACACAUGAAGGCAACCGGCAAAGUGUUGCUGGAUGGAGUGGAGUACAACGUGGAGCCGGCAAACAGCCCAUCGCAGCACUGCGCCACGCCGCCGAGCUACAGCGGCAGCUCCGGGCCUUCCUCCGUUGACGGGAGGGGAGAGUCCCAGAGGAAUUCCCUGGAGGACGGCUUACGGCAGGAGCAGAGGCCCAACUCCACGACCGGUCUGAUCUCGGCGACGCCCAUCCGCACGGUCAAAGCGGAGCGCCGGCACCAAGAGCGACUCCGCAUGCAGAGCCCCGAGCUGGCCGUGGCCCCCGACAGGGACCUGUCCCCCGCGGAGAAACGAGCCCUGGAGGCGGAUAAGAGAGCCAUGUGGAGGGCAGCGCGGCCCUGUGGCCUGGAGGAGGAUGUGAGGCAGUAUGAGCAGGACCUGGCUAAGAGGCUCUACCAGGCCAGAGUGAGGGCAUCUCAGGGCACGGCCGAGUCCCCACAGCCCCCCACCUCUUCAUCCUCCUCCUCCUCCUCCUCUGCAGCAGCAGCCUCCCAGCUCAGAAUGAAGUCUCUCGAGCAAGACGCACUGAAAGCACAGAUGGUCAUCGCCAAGUCUCGCGACGGGAAGAAGCGCGGCACGCUGGACCAGCUGACGGAGUCUCCGUCGCCCGCCCCCACGCCCUCGCCCACGCCUAUGGAGGAGCUCAGUCCUCGAGGAGUGACCUCUCCAGGGCGGCUGUCCCUGUCGUCAAAGAAGUUUGACUACCGACAGUUUGCCGCCAUUCCUUCUUCCAAACCCGUAUACGACAUCCAGACCCCGGAAGCAGCGGAUGACCCGCAGUUCAUCGACGACGGCUCCAUCAACCCAGUGCCCGCUGCAAGCCCCGAGGUCGAGGUGCCCACCCCGCUGCCUGCCCCCUCAGCUCUGGAGGAGAUGGCCCUGUACAGCAACAAGCGCAAACUGAGGCAGGGCCGCCGCAGCCUGGAGACCGCCGUGCCCACGUAACACCUCCCCCCGAGAGGAGCGGGCUGGAGGCGCAGUGUGAACACACACACACACACACACACACACGGUGGAGCAGAGUCACUCAACACUACACGGUGUCAGCCGAGCGAGAGUUACUCUCCCGUAUAUAACCACUGCAGAGACGGUGACGCCGACAGUCACCACACACACACUCACUUAUAUCCCGUCUGGCCUGUGGAUGGGAGCGGCGUGGCAGGAAGGAGCUCGUGUGGUUAGCUAGGGUUGCUACUUAAAGACCUCUUAAAGAUCUCCUUUGUGUUGUUGUUGUAGAAGCUGAUCUGUUUAAAAAAAAAAAAAAAAAAAAAGGUGACUCAUGUUUAGAUUAUUUUUCGCACCUCCAAUAAUUUUGCUGUAAAAAAAGAAGAAAGAAAAAAAAACAUACUGGAAGAGAAAAGAAAUGGGUCAUAGCUAUACUAACUUCUUGAGUGACGCGUGUCGGCUUUCAGUGAAUAGAUGUCGGGGGUUUCUCGAGACGGGAGUGUACAUAUUAAUUGAGGAGGGAACAUCCUGCUACCUUCACAGUCACACAAUGUGGAGAGCUUUUACAAAAUAUACUACAUAUCUAUUUUUUUGCACUGCGUUUAUCCGAAGUAAUUUAUUGUUUUUAGCGUUUCAAAUUGAAGGCCUUCUAUUUUAACCCCUCCGGUCUUUUUGGGCACACAGCAUGACUAAAAGUUAAUCAGAAUGUACCUUUUAAACCAACGUCAAAGAUAGCUAUGAGGUUUACUUUGUUAAAGCUGAAUAUCAUAUUACAUCUUUUAAUCUACUUUAUAUAUAUAUAUAUAUACACUCCCUCUUAAAUGUUUUUAAAGAAGCAUAUCUACAAAUUAGAUUUCUUAUUCAAAGUUGAGCUGUAAUUGACUGCGUUACAUUCCCAGUUUUACGGAAACGGAUCACACUCUCAAAGUUUGGAAACGCAAUUCUAGUAAUAUCUUUUAAUUAACGGUACUCAGCCUGCCCUUUAUGGGUAUUAUUUUUUUACUUAUUGAUGUGAAGGUAGCAGUUGUUUUAUUUUUCUGUCUAUGGUUAAUUUAAAUCUGACGCCACUGAAAAAUGAUUUAUUAUUGUGUGAAUAAUGUACAAAUACUGAAAAGAAAAGCAAACUUUGGGUUUGAAACUGAGCCGGUCUUCACCGGGACCAAGCGAGUGUCUGGACUGCUGACUCUCUGGGUUUGGACGGGCUUGGUAUUGGGAUGCUCUCUGCGUGUAUAUUGGUUUGUUAAUGGGAGAGCUGGGAGAGGCACAACCAAUUAGAAAUCCCUCUCAAGACAUUGUUCUCAUUCAAUUCAUUGCUUAACACACGUUUAUGUCUCCAAUGGGUAUUUUCACAGAAUCACAGGAUAGUUGCAUUUGUGUUAAUUUAAUGUGGGUCUUCUAAUGAUAGCUUUCCAUGUUGUUCUCACUGACUGAAAUUCAGUUUGUUUGAUUACAUUUGCUGAUAUCUCCUCUUUUCUUUUUCACUUACAGUAGGCAAAUCUUCUUUUCUUUCCAGAUGUGUUUCACUACAUUAUUCAUGCAGUGUUUUAAGAUUUUGUGUUUAUUCUUUGGUCUUGAGUUCUCUCUGGGGGAAUUUACUUGCAAAUAGGUCAGAGGGAAAGGGUCAAGAGUCCUAGGGUCAAGAGGUAGAGCUCACACAAGACUGUAACUAGUGAAUUUGUACAACCAAAGAAGUCUAUUUUGUGGUUCAGGAAUAAUAAAUUUUACUUUUCAUUUAAGAAGCUGA